GUCACUCAUGCACACAGAAAACACUGCAGUCCUCACGCAGCUUCAGGUCUGUACGGAUGUGAUCCGGACACUUGCAGGGGUCGCUUACCCACCAGACCCCCCUUAACGAAGUGGCAGGCUAGAGUUUGCGUUGCGUUUUGAGAAAGUUAGUUACAACUAGUACUACAACCAAAUCUAUAAGUGUCCUGUUCUGGAAGAGUGUAUCGUUUAAUACGGCAUGAAUCGCAUAGAACAAAUAUAACGUUGGCGUAUUUUAAUGUCAUUUUAACCUCGUUUUCGGUUCCCCUCAUAUGAUGUGCCUUGGAGCGACAGCCCCGGGCGGUAAACAUUCCCUUAAUUCCUGAAGGUCUUAGAAGUCCGUAAAUUGUCCUAAGGUUCACUAUGUCAGCCAUGUCCGUCUCCGCUAAUAACAAUGAACUGAUUUUAUUGCCAGAUUUUUUUAAUGGAGCAACGACUCUGGCGGAGCCCCUCUGGGCUAAACUGAUUCCAGACCAGCUAACAGUGUUGGUUAGUUUUACCCGGGAGCCUUGAAUUGUGUGUUUUGGACGACGCUGUAGGCAGAGGGCUGGGAACCACGGAACCACGGAACCACGGAGAACGAGAGCCUGUGGACUCCAAGACAGCAUGGCGUCCAGCGGCUUGGUGGGUGACUGUCUGUCUCCAGAGUCGACGGUGACCUCCCUGCUGUUCAGCUCGGGGCACCUGAGGAGCAGCCUGCUGGCCCCUGAACACAACACCACCUUCAGAUACAGAAACAAGAACUAUGGCUCAGCCUCGGCGGCGCUGGAUGCCUACAUUGCAGACUUUGAGAGGAGUCCUCGGAACAGCAAAUCGUUGACAGGAACACUAGUUCUGCCGUGCAGUCCGCCCACCACACCAAGCAGGCCCAGAACGAGCACGCUCAGAAACAAAGAUGUUCUCAGGGAGCGUUUGACCGACAGGGAGCUGGACUUCCUGAACCUCCCUGUCAGCUCCCUCCAUCACAUUGGCAACCGAGACAGACUCUCCAUGACAACAGAUGAGCUGCUGUCUAUCCCUUACGAUGGCUCAAUGCCAGUCACCCACACCUCAGCCUUCAUGCAAGGGCUCUUGUCCCAGUCUGGAGCCUCCCAACAUUGCCCCUCCUCCUCCAGACCAGCACACAGAACCUGGGACAGACUCAGCAGCAGCUACCCUGCCCCCCAACUCAGCCACCAGAACCACCCUCAUCCGGCCAGGACGCCCAGGAGCUCCAGGUGCAGAGGACGACCAGGGGCAGCCAUGUUGAAACCAGAUGUUGCCAGCUGCUACAGGCAGUCUGCACACCGAGCAGCGAGGUCAGAGUGCGAGGAGCCGUCUUCGUCGCUCCACCUCCCUCACUGGUUCACCAGCAACAAGACUGACAUGGACUGUUCUGGAAUCACCAGUGUGCCGGACAUAAAGUACCCAGCCUGGAUCCAGCGCUGUGACCUCAGCGAGCCGCCACCACCCGCAGAGUCAGAGCUGUGGGAUGACCACGGUGUUCUUCCACCUGCAGCUCCCAGACCCGGAGCUCCGUCCUGGGUAGCAGAGCUGGAAGAUGAUGAUGGCGACCAGAUGCCUGCACAGGUUGACAGCCAGCAGACUCUCAGAGAGCUGCGGCUCCAGUUCGCUGAACAGAUUUCUCUACUCGCUGCAGAGAAAAAAAGCUCAGACAUCAUGGAAACUCUCUUCAGAGACAACAGGCUCGAGUCUCUAAUCCAAAAGGCAGAUCAGGUGUUGAACUCUCUGUCUCAGAGUUCUGGAGGAGCAGGAAGUCUGGCAGAUUCAGUCAGUCCUCCUGAAGCUGAGAACACCGAGGAGCUGCUGCUCCGCUCUUCCUCACACUGUCAUCCAGUCACUCUGGAGUCAGCAGCAGCAGCGGGGGGCGUCACAGAGGCUCUGACUGACAGAGGAGCUCAGGCUCUAGGGUGCUGUCUUCACGGAAACAGCAUAUUCAAGCAGCCUGGUCCAGUGGAGGCUCUGAAGCAGAUGUUGUUCAGACUGCAGGCAGUGGAAGCAGAGCUUCAGCGACAACAACAACAGGCAUCAGUCGCUCCUAUGCUCACUGACAGGACACAGGCAGAGGAGACUCCAGUGAAGCCGAGCCCUGAAGGUGAAGCAGAGCUGGAAAGUUUUCCUGGUGGACCAUCACUACAGAGAGCUCUGCAUCAUCUGAGCCGUCUGAAGGUGCUGGUGGAAGAACCCAGAGAGAAACACAAAGAGGAGAAGGACGAAGAUGAAGGACGCUACUCCUCCUCAUCUGCUGACGGACUCAUUUGCACUCAGCAGAAACCCUCCUGAGGCUACAGGCCCCCGAGGGACUUCAAUGAAAAAGAUGGAGUUGCCUUGAAGGUGGAUUUUUGACUGAGCUAGGCUAGCAGUUUCCCCUGAAUUUAUCUUAAUGUCUACGUUGCCCUUUAAAUUCCAGAUGAGAAUGAAGCUCUGUAGUGUCACAGCAAUGUUAGGGACAAUCAGACUCAAACUGAGAAAAGUAUCAACAUCUUACAACACACUCCAAGCAUCUGUUCAACUGUUGAGAUGUGGCAAUUAGAAUGGGGACCAAUAUUGUCAAAUUGAUAUGUGAAUGUGCCAAUAUGAAUGAAGUGAUAUGUCUAGUUGUUCGUUACUGCACUGAAAAUGAUCUUUUUCAUGAUACAUAUUUCUGUUUGUAGCCAGGCUGGCAGCAAGACCCUGGAGAUGACAGUGUUACAAUGGUAGCUUUACGCAUUAAAUAAUGGAUGUAAACAUGCUAACUUGACCAUUUUAAAUAUGAAUGUUAACAUGUCAACUAUAAAUGUUACAUGUUAGCUUGUUCCCAUGCUAAAAGGUGAAUGUUACAUGCUAAACCUUAGCAUGUUAGCAUCCAACUGUUGUCAGUAUGGAUGUUAACAUGCUAACUGUAGCCACAUUGAUUUUCUAACAUUAGCAUUUUAACAUGCCAAUUUCCUUAUUAUAAUGCAUAUUCCAGUGCCAAAGUCUUACAUGUUAAAUGUCACAUGCUAAACCUCAACAAGAAGGUUGUUUUCUAACUUUUGUAACUAUGCACUGUAAUGUAGUUAGACACCACUAUUUAUACUAAUUACUGAACACAUUUUAUUGAAUGAAAAAAAAAAAUAUAUAUAUUUUUAUUUGCGAAACUAAGGUAUAGAAAGUUUUGGUAUUUGUACAGAAACACAAAGGCAUUGUACUGGCAUGCUAACGUGGUACAAUUAGCAAAUUACCACUUAGCAUUAAGCUCAAAGCACAGCUCUAACUCUGAGGCUGACAAAGUUCUGAGACUGAGAUGUCCUAAAAUGUCUUUAAAUAUGUCUAACUUAGAGUGUAAUAAUACAGAAGUGCCUGAAAAAACGAACAUGGAUGCCUCAUGUCAGCUAAAGGCGUUCGUUCAAGGUCAUUAACCUUAAAUCUAAUGGAUACAGUGCUGUAGCAACGUGCACAGUGUUUGUUACCCUCAUUGUUUUACUGUCUUAAGUUAAAAAAGUUCCCUCUUUAUGAACUUUACUCAGUAUGAUUUGGACAGGAAAUCAGAUUAUUGAUGCAUUGGUGUUCUUUGUCUCUCAGCUGAUGAAGACAGACUGUCAGUGUUUUCUCUCCGGCUUUACAUUUGGAACCAUUAAAGAGUCAAAUCAGCGGUCAGGCAGACAGGUGACAGCUAAAUAUGAAAAGAUAUUUGUUUUGUUACAGAUUGAUUUUUAAUGUUUAACAUGAAGUGUUUUUUAUUUCCUUGUAACAGGCUCAUCCCCAGCUGCUCUGAGCUGGCAUGUAUUAAAACAAAAUUAGUUUACAACCGG